AUGAAGAUCAUUCAGCUUCAGCUCUAUGUUUUAAUCUGUUGUCAGUAUGCAGUUUCAGAUCUACUAACUGAUUUGGGAUCAAAUGUGAGCAUAAACUGUGAUCUUGAUGAAAAUGAGGUUUAUUGGAUUUUACUGAAAACAGCAGAUCCUCCGACAGUCAUUCUACGAUCUUUAUCAACCACAACAUCACCCUUUUACUUCAAUAAAACAUUCAGAAAUAAAUAUUCAGUGCAGUUUAAACAUCGUCUGGUUAUUAAUAAUGUGACUGCUGAUGAAUUAGGAGUUUAUUACUGUAUGAACACAGAAACACCUCCAAAACUCAGCAACAGCACCAGAAUAUACUUCACCGAAUCAGCUCAAUUAACUGAGUGUCACAAUCAUACAGUGGCUGUGUAUACUGAGCAGAAUCAAACACAAUGGCAGAUUAUCAUCAUCAUAUCUGCUCUGAUGAACGGACUUCUGCUCAUUGCACUGAUCGGAGUAGUAAAAGUUUUUGUUGUUGGAAAAAGAAGGUCUGCAGAGCAAUCACAACAACUCAACACUGAUCGACAGCAGAUGCAAGCUACACAACAGCAUCAGGACCCAAACCAAUUACAGUACGCCGAGGUGGACUUUUCCAAGAUACGUAGAAAUAUUCGGUCCAGCCAAAUCAACAGCACCUAUGCUGCUCUACAGCUGCCAAAAUCAUAAAGACG